AGGCGCUAUCGGUCGUGUUGUGCGUGCGGUCCGUCGCGGGUUCGCUGCGCUCGAAGCGAACAGCCAUCAAGCAAGCAAGCAAAGCCAAACAAGCAAGCAAGCAGGCUGCAAACAAAACAAAACAAAACAAAAAAACAGCAAAGAAAGAAAGAAACCCGUGCCCUUAACGAACCUGUGUGCUGUUGCGUGUGCAAGUGCAGUAAAAAGUGACAACGGCUUGUGGCGAGUGAAACUGUCCUUUUCGGUUUGGGGUUUUUCAGAAGAAGAAGCACAAAAGCCACCUCUAAAAAAAAAAGAAAAAGGAGGCUCAAAAACCCACCCACUCUCUAUUUCGCGGCUUCACCUUCUGGACCUGGGCGCGAUUCGCGAUCCGCACCCAGUCAGUCAGUUUCACGGUUCACAGUUAAACCCGCCUCCCCCAGCCUGUCCACCCGCUCGCUCGCGCGUGUGUGUGUGUGUGUGCCUCGGUGUGUAUGUGUGCGUGUUUGUGUGGUGGCGAAGCAAACGGUGAAAAAAAAAACCCCGCACCAGCCGUCUCUCGCGCGUAUCAGUUAAGCCGUAUACGCGGCCAAAAAGGGACGACGCCGCUGACGACGGCAACGACGACGGCGGCGACGGCACGCACAGUGUUGGUCACAAAAAACCUCGACGGCGCCUACUGAGUGCGCGCUCGCGUGCUCGAGCUGCACUGUGACAGCUUUAGGUGGAGGUUUUUGUGUGUGACACACACGAAAAAAAGAAAAAGAAAAAAUCCACAAAACCCCACGGAUCUUGCUGCGUGGUGCUUCCGGUUCCGAGGACGAAAAAGGACGGGUUCCCCCCGUGUGUGUGUGUGUGUAAUGUCCUGAACCGUGCGAAGUGAUUCGGGUUGCAGUUUUCCGCGACAACACCAGCAGAAAGCAGGAGAAAGUGUGCCGGGCGUGACAACAACAACAACACCGACGACGACGACGAAGGGUGAUCAUCCUCCCAUCGAGGGGUGUUUGUGUGUUUGUGCCAGAGUGUGUGACAAAACCGGGGCUGUAGCUAGAAGCAAGGAGUUGCCCAAGAGCCAGGUUUCGUCCUUUCGGGAAAAAGGAUGCAUUCGGUGAGCCUUGCGAAAGGAGCACUGCAGAAUCCUACCGUGGCGGUGAUCCGACGGAAAAGGGCAAGACUCGCCCCGCACCAGCGACCCAGGGUGGCUUAGGAGUGAGUGUGUACGUGUGUGUGUGUGGGUGCGUGUGUACGUGCCACGGCACGGGUUGAGCAGAAAAAAAAUAAAAUUAAAUUAAAUAAAAAAAAAGUGUCACGAAAGCGCCAUCAAAACAGGUGACCGAGAAGCGAACGUGGGAUCGACACACGCAACAGAGAGAGAGAGAGAGAAAGCCGACUAGAGGGAGUGAGAGUCACAAGUCGAAAAAGCAAAAGCUAAAUAAAAAAAGAAGGAAGGAAGUGUAAUAUUGAUAUUGGUGCGACAGUUUGAAAAUUCGAUCGAAAGCGCCCUACGCGCGUUUGCAUUCCGUGGGCGUUUGUGUCCGUGUGCCUGUGUCUCUGUACGUGACCGUGUGUGUGUGCGUGGGCGUGUGUGUGUGUGUACGAGUGUCCGUGUGCUCCUCUUCUCCACCCCCCCCUCCCUGCCAAAAGGGAGGAUGGUGUGCAGAUAAGUGCUGCUGCCGCGUGAAGAAGCCGCCAGUUCGGCUGGUGAAAAAUCUCACAACACACCACCACGCGAUCGAUUGGGGUGUGCUUUUUUUUGGUUUUUUGUGGUGUUCCGAAGCGUGGCAAGCGUCCACCAGGCAAUCAAACCGAGAGAACGAGAGAACGAGAGAGAGAGAGAGAGAGACAGAAGCGAGCAGCAAAUAGCAGAGACGCGCUCGUCUUGGCGUCCGUUGGCGGCUUACGGACGGAUCUACGACGCCGAGAUUCACCGCCUUUAGUUGCUUAUUCAUUAUAAGGCGAUUAACAAAACGAUGACGACGGCUUUUGGCGGCCCGCGGCUGAUGACGACGAAGCAGAAGCAGACGACGCAGCAGCGAAAACACGACGAAACCCACCAGAAGAAGGCCCAACAACAGCAGCAGCAGAAGUACGACCCCUAUUGCUACCAAAGCGACACUAGCGACGCGGCUUCCGGCGGCCAAACGACGAACCUGACGACGAAGACGAACAUUAGCAGCAGCAGCAGCAGUACGAGAGGAGCGCCUAGGACGCAGGCCGGCGCGUAAGGGCGCCACCCCCCACCCCCCUUUCCUCCCACCUCCCUUCUCCACCAAAACCCACCAGCCCCUCCGCGACCGAUCCGACGAAACAAAGCGGGCCCCGUGACACGUGGCAUGGAUCGGCGCAAUGGCGGCCCCAGUUUGGCGCCCCCUCGGCCCCCUAAGUCUCUGCCCCGCGUCCAUCGUCCCCGGGCCCCGGACCCUGCGCCAACGAGCAGCCCAGCCCCGGCGAUGAUCGGCAGGAUGAUGGCAGGAACCGGCAGUGGCGGAACCGGCGGUAGUGGUGGUGGGAACCCUUUACAGCGGUAUCCUGACACCAUCAGCCCGACGCCCCCGCAGCUGUCCCCGAAACCGAGGCACCUGGUCGGCAGCAACGGCAACAAUAACGCUAGUAGCAACAGCAACAACAAUAACGAUAAUAUAAAUAAUAAUCAUAAUCGUAAUAGUAACGUUAAUGCUAUUUUUAUGAAUAAUAAUCCUCAUAAUCAUACGAGCCCGACGGUGGCCGUGAGCGACGGCGGUGGAGGAGGAGUAGGAGGGCAUACGUUUAGCAACAACGGCGGUAGCAGUAGUAGGAGUAAUAGCAGCAGCAGCAACAACAGCAGCAGCAGUAGUAGUACUAGUAAUAGCACGAGCAGUAGUAGUAAUGUUAAUAAUAUUAAUAAUAAUAAUAAUAAUAAUACUAGCGGUAGUACUAGCAACGGUCGAAGCGGCAGUAGUCAACCCCAUCAGCAGCACCAUCAUCAUCAUAAUCAUCCGCAUCAACAUCAUCAUCAUCAUCAUCAUCAUAAUCACCCACACCAGCAGAGCAAUCGAAGCAUCGGAAGCACCUCUUCCACGGUGUCCUCGGUGUCUUCGAGCUCCUCGACGGUGGCAUUGUUGAGGCCCCAGAUUGCACCCCUCGUGCCACUGCACCCCCGUACCCGGACACCUCCACCACCACCGUUACCCCCGCACCACCACCGCCCAACGUCACCAACCGGCAGCAGUACCUUCGCUCGACGGCGCCCAAGCCCAACCAAUCCGGCGACGACGCUUGGUGCAAGUAUUCCGCCGGUGCAGUUGCUGCUGCUUCCGGUCGAUCAACCGCUGGUGGUCGGAUCCGGUUCCCCGAGUCCCGCCUCAAGCCCCACGACACCGGUAACACUGGCCGCACCACGCCCGGAAAACGAACGGCUCGCCAACGAGUACGUCGAUACGCCUUUUGGUCGUGGUGGCGUCGGUGGUCCUGCCGUUGGGGCCAACAUCAUUCCAUCGGUGGGUGGGGGAUCCGUGGGUAGUGGUGGUGGUGGUGUUGGUACCGGUGGUGCUGGAGGACCACACCCACCGGAAGCACCGGAACCGGUAGCGGUAAUAACGGGACAACCACGACCUGCAGCAGAUCGAGGAUCAGGUGCACGAUCACCUGCAAUCGGUGGUGGACCGGGUCGUGUGGUGAAAGCUGGUGUCGAAAUGGUUGUAGGACGCAAUGCCCUUGGCGGUGCUGGUCAAGGUCAAAUGGAUACAGCCGCAAUGGCGCGUUCGGGUUCACCCGUCAUUACGAAGCAACCGUCGAAAAAGAAAGAUGGUUCCGAUCGGCACGAGCUGUUGGAGUUGGAUUUGCACCACCACCAUCACCAUCACCACCACCACCACCACCGGCACCAUGGGCGUGCGGCAGUGGCCACGGUCGGUGGUGCCGGCGCUGGUGGUGCUGGUGCAGGUGUUGGAGGUGGCACCGGCACGGAAGGACUCGAUGGAAUCGGUUCGAUUACGUGCCCCCGCUGUCGCCGGUGUCGGUGUGAAGAAUGCCAAAAACCCAGGCCAUUACCGUCACACUGGUUGUGCGAUAAAAGCUGCCUGUGCAGUGCCGAGACGAUCAUCGAUUAUGCAUCCUGUUUGUGUUGCGUGAAGGCCCUCUACUACCACUGCUCGAAGGAGCACGAGUUCGAGCGCGAAGUGAUGGGCCCGGACGGUGUUCCUGAGACGGAAACCGUAUCCUGUGCCGAUGAUCCGUGCUCGUGUGUGCCUCACAAACGCACCACACGCUGGGGUUGCUUGGGUGCGUUAUCCUUGGCGUUACCGUGCCUCUGGUGUUACUGGCCGAUGCGUGGCUGUGUGGCCGUUUGUGCACGGUGUUAUGCGAAACAUUCCCGCCACGGGUGUCGCUGUACGCAACAUCCGGCUUCACCGGCGGGUUCCGGUCCGGCAUCACCGUUUGGUGGUGUCCCUAAUGGGGGUCUCGCUGGUGGUGGUGGUGCGACACAUGGAGGUCCUGGCGCUUGUGUUGGACCUGAUGGGCGUGAGCAACGUGCAAAGGGUGAUUCAGCGGAUGCGGAUUCACCGUUGCAUCAUCUGCAUCAACACCUGCGCCAUCAUCAACACCGAUUAGGGCCGCCGGGUGCGACUGGUGCGGAUUUGACCACACCCGAAAAACGCCUGCUUGACGCAGGUCCUGACGCCUACUGA